CAUGUGAUUUCACUUUUUGUUUGUUUCUCUGGAAUUUAUUUUCUGCACGGAAAGUUUAAGAAUAUCCGAUAGAAAACAAUACAUAAUAUUACGUUGUGGUUAAUGAAGUCUUGAUCGUAAAAUCCAUGGCAGCACUUGAGGUUUUCGAUUUCAAUCGAUCUGCGUAGUUUUUGGUUUCGCCCAGUUUAGACUAAGAUCACAACAAUAAUGUUUGAGAGGAACUCUUCAAAUUCUACAUAUCUGACAAGAAAUGAGAUGGAAGCUCUUUCUAUUAUCUACAUUGUGACAUCUUCUUUGAGCUUCUUUGGGUCUGCAUCUAUAGUCAUUGCUGCUAUACUAAAGAAAAAAGUUACUAAUGCUGAGAUUCGUCCAAUUUUUCAUCUUUCACUGGCAGACCUGAUAGCAUCUGUUGGUUUACUGAUUGGUUCUAUAUUAUACUUGAAGAAUGGACAUAGUACUAUGCAAAACAAGAUCUGUUCCUACCUCACUGCCCUUUCAAGUAGCUUCUACAUGAGUACAUUCCUGUUCACUGUGGUUUAUGGAUAUGAAGUGUAUUUAAAAAUGUAUGACGAGCUUAUCUCAAGAACAAUGUCCAGAUAUGCUGAGGAAGCUGUUAAAUUCCCAAGGAUCUAUUAUCUAUAUUCAUUAUCCUGGCUAUUCCCCUUGGCUGUGACUCUGUGUUUGUUUGCUAUUGACAGUGGGGAACAAGGAAAGGGUUCUCUUAACGAUGCUAUAUGUGGCACAUGCCUUCCAGUUUUUCAUUAUCGAACAUCUAAUUGCUCUGUAACUGAUGCAGAUGAACCCGACUGGAAUUCUGUUUUUAAGUAUAUGUUUUUAGCUAUUUUGGGCCUCUCAUUGUUAGCAGUUGUGAUAAUAUACAUACUUGUUCGAAAUGUGUUCAGACGGGUUCAAAAGUCAGGAGGUAUGAUGACAAACCAUCAGUACAAACAAGAGACACUAGUCAGAAGAUGGGCGUGUCUCUAUCAAGUGGUCUUUAUCUUAUGCUGGUUGCCCAGCAUCGAUCAGUCCAUUGCAAGGAUUUUUUAAUUGUAUAAUCUAUGGAUGGAGGCGCCGUGGUUUCAAAGAAAUUUUACAGCAGAGAAACUACGGAAGUAUGGAAAGCUCAAACGGAAGUCACACAAGAACACUCUAGUACUUCAUACUGCUAAAAAUAUUGAAUGAGCUAUUGUAUGGGAUAAGAGAAAUGAAAAGACUCACGGCUCUUAUUUUGCUUUUCGUUUUAAACAUAGGAGUUAAAUCCGCAUUCCAUCAGAGCCUGAAGCCAUUCCUGCAAUAAGUCAGUGCUAAAAUAGGUUAAUUUCUUUUGCAUCAUUCGCUGUCUGUUCUACAUACACCAAAUUGAAAAAACAUCGAACUCAAAAAGUUAAAUCAUCGAUCCUAGGGGUAUUCUAAGUAGUCAAAAUUAGUAUUUGGGAAGUGUUUGCAUAAUAUCCAUUCCUAGGUUAAAGAAAAGUCUGCCUCGAGUUGACAUGUUAGGGCUGUUUUAGGGGAACAUAUUUCCAAGUUGGCGUGUAUUUUGUCCCCAAAAAGCACUGCAAUGGCAGUUUUUUUUUCCAACAUGCAAUGCUAAUGUUUUCAAAAAUGUGUGAAGAUAAAGAAGAUAAAGAUAAAGAUUUUAAAGUAAGAAAAAAUAUAUUACGGUUAAGAAGUGACUGUUUUUAAAUUCGAGAUCUCUUGUACAAUUUUUUAAUUCUUUUUUGCGCAUUGCUUUACAAGCGAACCUUUUUUUUUUUUUUUUUUGAAAAUCGAAUAUUUAUUACAGUGAUUUUACUUGACCCGUGAAACAGAAUUGUAUAUAAUAACUGACUCGUGUAAAUGAAUGAAAUAAAAUAAAAACUCAUUAUGUAUAUCUUUUAAA